AUGGCUAACGGCUACUCAGAUAACGAUUCGGCCUUUGGCGACGACGACUCCCUUUGGACCACCUCCAACUCAAUGUUCAAUACCGUGGCGCCACUCACAGGCUCAAAGCGCGAUGCAGAUAGUCUGACAUUGGAGCACUAUGAUGGGCACAUCGAUCCACGAGUCCUGUGUUGCAACCACUGUCCGGGGCCCUGUCCCGAGGUUUGUAACGGGCGCCCAUCCAAGCGGAGGGCUUCGGCUCUCAAGGUUGGUGAAUAUCACAACACCGCCAAACCCCCGAGCAUCGAUGCCGACUGCCAGUUCCCGGACGACUGUUUCGAGAAAUUCUGCCAGGAUUGCAAUCUAGAAGCCUCCUGUAUCGUAGACUGUGCGGUGCCGUGUUCUCCAGAAUGCGUGGUGCCGUGUUCUCCAGACUGUACAGUGCCGUGCCCUGGCGACGACUGUCCCGAGGACGACGCAUGCUUCGACCCUCACUGCCGCCAAAAGACGCCAGAAUGCACAGACCACUGUGUAGACCCCGAAUGCACAAAAUCAGCAUGUCCGGACGAACCGUGCUUCUGCCAAAAGUGCGAUGCUCUACCUUGCCCGCUGGGUGAGCUGAACAAUGAGUGUCACUUUGCCCAUACUGGCCCUACUCCAGUCGGUACUAUAUACUGCUACGACAAUGCACCUUGUCACUUCCAAGAAAGAUACCAUGGCCACAACAACGGCCUGGCCUCGUUCGAAACAUAUCCGUGCUUCUCUCACACUCAUAGAAUCACGGGUGGCGACGACACCACCACACUCGCUUCGAGCGCCCCUACACCAGCACUUUCGCAUAGCAACUUCACAUCCCUAGAGAGUGCGUUUACUAGCGAGCCCUCGCCAGCGCCAACCCAAGCAAACUUCCCGAAUUGCUACCUCAACAUAUCCUCUGAUCACUGCCACAUGGACAAUUCAUGUUGUCAUGGAGAUAAACGGGCCUGUGGAGACUUUUCAAGUGUUACCCAGCAAGAGUUGGACCUCUGGAACUCGUCAAUGACACAAGGGAAUGGUCUAGCCAACAGUUUCAUGAACUUUGGGUUCGACACAAGCCAUUCAACCAGCCCCAUGUCCAGUAACCAACACUUGAUCGGCUCAACCUCGUUCGGCCUUAUCAACUCUAUGUUAGACUAUAACGAUCACUCCUGGAUGCUUACAGAUUCUUCUUUUCCGAAUAAAUAUCCAGCAGCACCAGUCAGUGCCACCAAGCUAGAUUUUCUCGCAUCUGCCGUCCAACACGACCUUUUAAGACCCAGCACAACUACAACUACGUCCGCAGACACUGGCUCCCUAGCUGGUGCCUUGGACUCCCAACAGUGUAUAUGUAAAUGGGAACACCUCCCGGGCGUGCUCUGCCUCGCAGCUUUUGACUCCGCUGAAGCCCUACACAAACACAUCAAAACCACCCAUGUAGACAAUUGCACCCACUGCCUCUGCCAAUGGCAAGGCUGUGAAGCUGCAUCGAAGGACUUCAAGCAGCGCUCGAAGCUAUCACGGCACUUACUCGGACACGCGGGUUACCGGCCCUACGCUUGCAGCUACGAAGGAUGCGACAAAACGUUCGCCACGAAUCAAGCGAAAGAUAACCACGAGCGCACCCACACCGGCGAGAGGCCGUAUGUUUGUGAUCGCUGUGGCUACACGACAACCACACAUACGCAGCUUCAAACGCACAUUAGCGCUCUGCAUGAAGGCAAAAAGCCUCACAAGUGCCGCUUCUGCGACUUUACCUGUGCUGAUUCGAGUAACCUGAGUAAACACGAGCGGACCCAUCAGACUCUCCGUCCGUACAGAUGUCCACACCCAAACUGCACUUUCAAGCCAGACUGUCGCUGGGAGAAUCUCAAGCGCCAUCUGCGCCGCUCUGGCCAUUGUGCACAGCUCCUCGUUGAAGCUAGCGAAGAGUACAAGGCGUAUAGAGAGAAUGUCAGGCAUGAGAUUGACGAUUGGCACAGACGGAAUGAGAAUAGUGGCGUCAACAAGAAGGUUCGUCGCAAAGGCAAGGCGUGA